AUGGAGCAGGGAAAAGGCGAGUUGGAGGUUCCUGUCCAAUCCAAAGCUUCACCCUUGGAACAGAUGAAUGAGGAUGAAGAGGAAGAUGAUGACUUGGAUCUCUUUGGGGGUUAUGAUAGCUUUCGGCAGUACAGCAGCAGUGGGGACAGUGACAGCACCUCCUGCCUGGAAGAUUCUAGUGAGAAUGAAACAGCAGAUCGAGAAGCUGGGGAACUGCCUGCGUCCCCAACGCAAGCCCAAACACCUGCUGGUCGGUUACCAGAUGAUAAUGGAUCUGAGCCAGCUAUCUGUGAGAUGUGUGGGAUUGUGGGCACAAAAGAUGCCUUCUUCUCAAAGACCAAACGUUUCUGCAGCGUCUCCUGCUCUAGAAGCUACUCUUCAAAUUCCAAGAAGGCCAGCAUCUUGGCUAGGCUGCAGGGAAAACCACCUACGAAGAAGGCAAAAGUGUUGCACAAGGCAGCCUGGUCUGCUAAAAUUGGGGCGUUCCUUCAUACACAGGGGACGGGUCAACUUGCAGAUGGAACUCCAACUGGCCAGGAUGCUCUCGUUGUAGGAUUUGACUGGGGAAAUUACCUGCAGGAACAUGGAUGCAAGGCCACACCUGUCAGCAGUUUCAAACAUGUGCCCCUUUAUGAACAAUGGGAGGAUGUGAUAAAAGGGAUGAAGGUGGAAGUGCUGAACAGUGACGCAGUGCUUCCUAGUCGUGUAUAUUGGAUUGCUUCUGUUGUUAAGAUUGCAGGCUAUAAGGCGCUGCUACGUUACGAAGGCUUUGAAAGUGAUUCCAGCCAUGACUUCUGGAUCAACUUGGGCACAGUGGAUAUCCACCCUAUUGGCUGGUGUGCCAUCAACAGCAAAAUCCUGGUUCCACCCCAGACUAUCCGCUCCAAGGACACAAACUGGAGGGGUUACCUUAUGAAGAAGCUGGUAGGAGCCAGGACCAUCCCAGCAGAUUUCCACAUAAAGAUGACUGAGAACAUGAAGUACCCUUUCCGCCAAGGCGUGAGAGUGGAAGUGGUGGACAAGACCCGUGUUUCACGGACACGUAUGGCAGUAGUCGACACGGUGAUCGGUGGUCGGCUGAGGCUCCUUUAUGAGGAUGGGGACAGCGAUGACGAUUUCUGGUGUCACAUGUGGAGUCCCCUCAUCCACCCUGUGGGCUGGUCUCGAAGGGUUGGCCAUAGCAUUAAGAAAGCAGAAAAGUGUAAUGGAAUGGCAAACCACCCUACCUUCCGGAAGAUCUACUGUGAUGCUGUUCCGCAUCUUUUCAAGAAGGUUCGUGCUGUCUAUCCAGAGGGUGGUUGGUUUGAAGAGGGCAUGAAGCUGGAAGCUAUUGACCCUUUGAAUCUGGGCAACAUUUGUGUGGCUACCAUUCGCAAGGUCCUCUUGGAUGGAUAUCUGAUGAUUGGCAUAGAUGGCACGGCCUCUGAGGAUGGGUCUGAUUGGUUCUGCUACCAUGCUUCCCUGCACUCCAUUUUCCCUGCUGGUUUCUGUAAGAAGAAUGGCAUUGAACUGACUCCUCCAAAAGGAUAUGAUGCCAAGACCUUCAGCUGGGCAAAUUACCUGGAAAAGACCAAGUUCAAGGCUGCGCCAACACGCCUGUUCAGUAUGGAUUGCCCAAACCAUGGCUUUAAGGUGGGCAGCAAGCUAGAAGCAGUAGACUUGAUGGAACCCAGACUUAUCUGUGUGGCCACGGUGAAGCGGGUGGUCCAUCGGCUUCUGAGAAUCCACUUUGAUGGCUGGGACAGUGAAUAUGACCAGUGGGUGGACUGUGAGUCUCCAGAUAUCUAUCCUGUGGGUUGGUGUGAACUGAUAGGUUACCAGCUGCAACCACCAGUGGUCCCAGAGCCCAUUUCACCUGUGCCAGCCAAGGAGGUGCCAAAGAAGAAGCGGAAGCCAUACGGGAGGAAAAGAAAAAAGAUGACCGCUAAAGCCCGUUCCCUCAAGCAAUCGGCUAAGAAACCGCCUGCUCCGAAACCAAAGAAAGGAAUGAAAGUGGCAAGUGAGGCCUCACCGAAACCAGUUUCUGAUGAAGCGGUUGUUGCUGUGCAGGUGAAAGAAGAAAAUCUUGAUGAUUCAGCGAUGGCUUCUGAAGCUCCACAAUUUCCAGUAACAAUUAGAUGUGUAAAAGAUGAGGACCUGGAACCAGAAGCUCCAGCAGGCCCUGUGUUGGGCAGUUCCUUAAAAGAAGAAGAAGACGUGGAACCAAAAGCCCUGAAGACUCCUGUGCCGAGUGGUUCCUUAAAAGAUGAGGACAUGGAAACAGAAGCUCCAGCAGGCCCUGAGCUGAGCAGUUCCAUAAAAGACGAGGACAUGGAACAGGAAGCCUCAAAGAGUCCUGUACUGAUUGGCUGCUUGAAGGAUGAGGAUGUGGACUAAACCUUAAGGCAGAAAAGAGACUUUGGUAUCUUGCACAGUAAUCUUACGAAUGACAGAAGGACUCACUGGGCUUGUUUGAGGGCUUGAGCCAAAGGUCAGAUAUCACAGAGCUGUAGUUUUUGUAGAAAAUGUAUAUCU